AUGGGUAAUUCACAGACCAAAGAGGCACGAGCCUCUCUAGGCCCAUCGCAUCGUCGCAGCCAUCACCCCAGCGGACGAUCUCCGUAUGGCGAGCGUCACUCAGAAGGUUCUCGCUCCGGACGUUCGAGUCGACCCGAUCUAUCUAUGCUGGGAUUUGCUCCGCCUCCGGAGGUAGCGUUGGAACAUCGGCGCGAAACCCGACAAGAGCGUGAAGCCCGUAAGCUGGAAAAAGAACGGAUCGCCCGAGUCAAGGAACGAGAACGAAGUGUGAGAGAGGAGCAUGUGGAUGGUGGCUUCUUGGUCACGCAAGGUGUUUAUGUUGGCACAGAGGAUUUCAAUAAGGCUGUGGUUCGCCAGUUGAUGAUUGAGCGACGACUCGCCCCGUUCUGGAGAGGUCUUAAUGAUUUCUCAGAUUCGUGGACAGAGCACCAACUUAUGGCAGCCGCCAGAGGUCUACCGAUACCAGCGCCUGACGAGAUACCGCCCGAAUUGGAAAACAAGACUGUUCCUAAGACUACCUCGGAGGAUGCAAAAGAGCCGUCAUCCGACUCGAAAACUACCCAGCAUUUGAUGGUACCCAUCACAUCGCGCUCUCAAUCCUACAACUCGGACAAUUCCCAGACAUCAUCGAACCCCGCCAAUUCCCUUCCUUCCCCCACCUCCCCGAUUGCCUCGGGAUCUUUUAGUUCGCCGUUGUUCCGGACUCGGGCCAAGACGCUAGCUUCGCUCACGACGUCAACAAAACACAGUUCUCAAACAGACCUUGCGCCAAGGGAAUUCCAACUGCCAUCCGAUCCGUUCGUCAACGGGCAACCGCUCGAGGCAUAUCUUUACAAGGAUGCAGCGGAGUGUCCGAUUUGUUUCCUCUACUACCCUCCUUAUCUGAACAGGACAAGGUGCUGCGACCAGCCGAUAUGUUCGGAAUGCUUUGUUCAGAUCAAACGUCCCGAUCCCCACCCCCCGGAGCAUGGAGAACCAGACCCGAACGCCCCAAGUUCAGCGCAAGAAUCAGAAGGCAACCGUGCAGAAUCGGCCGACACUCAGCUAGUAUCCGAACCCGCAGCCUGUCCGUUCUGUGUCCAGCCUGAGUUUGGUGUCACCUACGUACCCCCACAGUUCCGCAGAGGACUCAGUUAUGCCGCGGAAUUGAAUGGUUCGCGUCCGCCCAUGAACAUCGCUUCUCCGAUGUCCUCUUCCACCUCGUCGCUCUCGUCGGGCACUCCUGCAGCAGUUACUGGCCGUCGCCGUGCUACGUCAUUGUCAGCUGCCGACCCGACAGUGGUUACUACCGACAAGAUUCGGCCUGAUUGGGCCCAGAAGUUAGCCAAUGCUCGGGCACAUGCUGCCAGGAGAUCUGCCGCAGCAACCGCUCUCCACACCGCUGCCUACCUGGUGAAUAAUAACGGGAGUGAGUCUCGGAACUUCAGUCUCGGAAGAAGGGGUCUUAGGCGAACAAGUAAUGCACCAGAGACUCGUGGUUCUCCGGCACUGCAUGCGCUGGCGUUCCUAACAGACCGACGACCACCCGCUCCCCCUACGCAAGAUACGGAAACGCAAGAGGAAGGGAAUCCGGCACCACCGCGUGGUAGCUCAAGGCGCAGCCGACUGGACGACCUAGAGGAGAUGAUGAUGAUGGAGGCGAUUCGAUUAAGUUUGGCCAGCGAAGAAGACCGGCGCAAAAAGGAGGAAAAGGAGAUGAAAAAAGAGGCCAAGCGAAGGGAUAAAGACGCCAAGAAGUAUGAGAAGAGCAUUCGUAAGAGCGGAAUCUCGGGCACAGAAGCGGGCAGUAGCACUGGGCUAGGUGCCGCGAGACUGGGGGCAAGCAGCUCAUCUUCUGUUAUAGAGGAAGAGGAUGAAGGAUCGUUUACCGAGAAAGGGAAGGAAGUAGAUCGCGCAAUCCCUCCAGCGUCUGUUCCUACCACAGCUACGGCCAUAGCAGCUUCCUCUAGUGCAGCUGUCACACCUGCCACGGUGGCAGAAGGUGCACCGUCUUCUUCUGAAGACACUACGGACCGAUUGGCAAAUCAGGCUGUGGCCACGGAACCCUCAAAGCCAUCACAACUGCGGAACAUGGCGAGUGCAUCAUCCUCGUUCUCUUCGCUCGUCGAAUCGACUGCGGACGAGCACACGACGACUGUCGACGGCAAUCAACAGACAACUGAACCGAUGUUCAAUUUCCGGAGUCUGGCUGAGGUUAUUGGUGAUGAAGACAAGGCAGGAGAACCGACGGAGCAUGUCGAACAUAUGCCGAUAAAAGCAGAACAACCGGAGGGAUCAGGAUCGAAUCACACUCCUGCUGCUGCACCCCAGUCGAUGACCCAGGAGGUUUUGGACGCUGGGAAUACAGCUGGCGUAGAGCAGGCGAGUGUCGCGGUACCAGAGUUACCAAAAGAACUGGAAACUCGGUCGGUUGAGAUCACCAACACGACCCCAAAUCCCGAAGCGACAUAG